AUGAUAUUAUAUAAAUUAUUUAACUCAGAAGAACAAGAUCCUAAAUCACAAACUAUUUUUAAAAGAAGAGAAUGCUACUUGGUUAGAGGGAAUAUUAUACUUAAAAACAUGAGAUUAAAAAUAGCAGUUGCAACCUCAACUCACUUAACUAUUAACAACUCAACCUCGGAAUCAAAUAAAUAUCUUUUAAAAGUUUUUUUAGUAAGAACUCUACAGAGCAAAUUAAUUGCAAUUGAAAAUACAGAAAAUUCAUUCUUUGAAAUAUUCUUAGAUAGAAGUCAUCGACAAUAA